CUAUCGUGAUCAUCAUGGACGUCGAUCACAUCAGGUUCUGUUCAGGUAUGGAUGUGGAUCCCUAUAGUUGCGACCAGCAAACAAAGUAGAUGAACAGUAAAUACAUAGUAGAGCAGCUUCAUUCCGGCGGUUGUAUCACAAAAGUGAAGCCAUGAGCCUCGGCGCGGCACAAGCACAACAGAUGGAGAUGCAGUUUCGGGACGGCAUUGCGCUGUUGCAAGAAAUUGCGGAGAUUUACGCCGCGACCGAGCCAGGCCUGGCUCGUCACGCCUUGCGCCACCUGGCGUACCCUGUGCCAGGACACUGCGACAAGUGUGGUCAACAAGUAGAUAUCGAGAAGCUCCUUCGGGAAGGCAACACCGCCGCUGUGGGGAAAAGGCAAAGACGAGGACUGCCAGAGGAGAAUGAUACCAGCAAAAAGAGCUCCCGUAGCAAUCACGGCAAGGAGGAGUCAGCGCGAAACAAAGGCAAAAAUAAGACCAAGGUGUCUUGCCCCGUAUGCAGUCAGGCUUUAGCGAUUCCAAGGAGUGGUCACGGACACCGCGCAACAUCCUCAUAUAAAGGCGCAACAUCAACAUGCUUGUCACGAAGAUCGCGGCGUCCGAAUGGGAGAAAUGCCAUUCACGGGAGAGCUGGCGUUGCCUCCGCGAAACGGCACGCCCCUGUUAACGAUCGGCUCCUUCGACCUGCGAAUAAAAAAGUCAAAAUGCAGGCGCCACGAAGUUCUUCGCGGCAAGGAAUGUCCGAGGUUGACGGAAGCGCCCCCUCAUCGAAUCGGGUGAAAGCGCCCCGAAUGCCUGCGAAAGGCCAGGCAGACCUGAUGAAGCACACGGAAAACAAUCCGUUUGCGACAACAUACGUAUCAAACCUACAACCAUUACCAGGGACGUCGAGGAGCAGUGGCCGUGUAGCGCCUUCGCGCGGCGACGACCUGUCGAAACGUCCGAAAGCGAAUUGUGCAGCAGAAAAAAAAAUCGCAACCUCCAGUAGCAAGGAGAAAGCACCACGACCACCAAGCAAGACAGAGAUGCAAUUCAACGGACUGCGCAACUUAUUGAAUCCCACUUCCACGACGACGGGCACAGGCACAGCAAGUAGCAGUUUGCAACCAGGAGCUCCGCCCAUGCCCCCCGUGGGCAACAAUCCAUUUACCGCCGGCAAUACUAGGAUUAUCAGCUCGUCUGCCCGGAAACGGCAGAGACAAGGCACCUUCGACAUGCAUGCUCGUGCGAAAGGCGGAUCGGGUUCCAGUGCAUCUGUCGCCAAAGGCUUUGGUGUUCUCUAAAGCGUUUCUAGGGCCCGUUUCUACUUCCAUCCACUUUCAUCCGCUUUAUUUCUUUGUCAGCAUACUGACUGACGGCCCGGGAGCCACUUUUCUUCCCGUGUCCCUUCUACCCACCUCGUCGCGACACUACUCAGAAAUAUAAGUCAAACAAGAAAAAUUCACAAAAAGCAUGUGAAUCAAUAAGAAUUUCUUGGCAUACCCACGAGAACGAAG